ACUGGCGCUCAGCAUGCAGAGGCUGGAGAGCUCUGCUCUUCACACUGGUCAGUACAGCGGUGCAGUGGUCAACUGUGAUGAAGAUGAAGAUAAAGAGAACAUCCCUGACGAGUCUGACUAUGAGGAUCUGCCCAGCCUAUACAGAGAUGAAGAGCAGGAGGAGGAAGAGGAGGAGGAGGAGGAGGAUUCACUGUUCUCCAGUACACUGGCGCUGAAGGUGUUGCGUGCGGACUCUCUGGCGGUGAAGUUGAGCAACAGGCCGUCUCAGAGAGAGCUGCAGGAGAAAAACAUCUUACCUGUUCAGACAGAUGAGGAGCGUCUGCAGUCCAGACAGAUGAUCGGCAGCAAACUCACACGGAGACUGAGCCAGAGACCCACAGUUGAAGAGCUGGAGCAGAGGAACAUCCUCAAACCUCGUAAUGAACUGGAGCAGAUGGAGGAGAAGAGAGAGAUCAGACGCAAACUCUCACGCAAGCUCAGUCAGAGGCCUACAGUAGAGGAGUUGCGACAAGCGAAGAUUCUGAUCCGCUUCAGUGAUUAUGUGGAGGUUUCAGACGCUCAGGAUUACGACAGACGCACAGACAAACCCUGGACCAGACUAACGGCGGCCGACAAGGCGGCCAUCAGAAAAGAGCUGAACGACUUCAAGAGCAAUGAGAUGGAGGUUCACGAGUCCAGCAGACAUCUGACCAGGUUCCACAGGCCGUAGCACUGCCGUCUGGAGGACUGAAUCGGUCAAAUACACACACAUGAACAGAGAUGGACUGACCGUCACUCAGGAUGACCAGCAGCUCUGCUUUCACACGUUUACAGACUCUCUCACACUUCAUCUGCGUUUACACACACACACACACACACACGUUCAUUGUGAGAUUCGCAAGGGUUUCCUUCAGCGUUCACAUCGACAGCAAACUGUGAAUUCAUCAAGAGUCAUUUGAUUCAGACGUUUGGUUUAGAUGUUUCGUGAGAUCAUCAAGAGUCAAUUUGAUUCAUGUUUUGUGUGUUUGAGAGUCAUUUGAUUCAGAGCCGUUUGAUUCAGAUGUUUUGACAGUUCAUCGAGAGUCAUUUGAUUCAAAUGUUUUGUGUGCUCAUAGAGAGUCAUUUGAUUCAAAUGUUUUGUGUGCUCAUAGAGAGUCAUUUGAUUCAGAUGUUUCUUGAUUUAAUCGAGUAAUUUGAUUCAGAGUCCUUUGCUUCUUGAGUUCAUCAAGAGUCAUUUGAUUCAGAUGUUUCUGUUGUUCGUUGAGAGUAAUUUGAUUCAAAUGUUAAGGCGUUUCUUGGUUUCAUCGAGUUAUUUGAUUCAGAGUCAUUUGCUUCAUGAGUUCAUCAAGAGUCAUUUGAUUCAGACGUUUCUGCUGUUCAUCAGGAGUCAGUUGAUUCAGAUGUUUUGUGUGUUCAGCAAAAGUUGAUUGAUUUAGAUGUUUUUGCUGUUCAUCGAGAGUCAUUUGUUUCAGAGUCAUUCGCUUCGUGAAUCAUUCGCUUCAGACGUUUCUUGUGUUCAUGGAGAGUCAUUUGUUUCAGAACAGUUUGAUUCAAAUGUUUCUGCUGUUCAUCAAGAGUCAUUAGUUUCAGAGUCAUUUGACUCGGAUAUUUUGUUUUCAACAAGAGUCAUUUGAUUCGGGUGUUUCUUCUGUCCAGCUAGAGUCAUUUGAUUCAGAUAUUUUGUGUGCUUGUCGAGAGUCAUUUGAUUCAGAUGUUCAUUGUGUUUAUUUAUUGAGUUGUUUAAGUAAUUUGAUUCAGAUGUUUUAUGUCUUCAUCAAGAGUCGUUUGAUUCAGAUGUUUUGUGUUCAUUGAGAGUCGUUUGAUUCAGAUGAUUCUUGUGUUCAUCUGAAGCUGCUGAGAGUGAAUUCUUAAUGUUAUUUAUGUCCAUCAUGUAUCGAAGGCUCUCCGUCUGAGCUCUCCCACGUCAUCAUGAUGGUUUUUAAUAUGAUUAUAGUGCGUAACUUGGCUUCAUUAGAUGUGCAGUUAUGCAAACCCUCGUCAUGUUUCUAAUGGUGCAGUGUUUUUAUACAUGUCUUCAUUUCUAUUGUCUCUCUGUAUUUAUUUUAUCCAUUAUUCAUCAUUUAUUUGAACUUAAAUUACAUUAUUUUUGA